GUUGACAUUGUCAAGAUCCGAUUGCAGAUGCAGACGUUGCUGCACGUGGCGGAACGGCAAGAGGUGAUGGAAAUCGCUUGGGGUUUGAGUGUCCGGAUAUUGUACCAAGGCGCCCAAUUCUGCUUUCUACGAGAUGUUCCGUACACCUUGUUGUUCUUCCCUUCCUACGCUACACUUCGCGAUGCACGGGCCGACCAGCCUACGGGCAAGACCUCGAUGCUGCCAAUCGUUUGGGCUGGAGCAACUACAGGAGCGGGAGGUGCUGUUAUCGGCACACACGCAGAUGUGGUCAAGAGCGGAUUGGAAGCAAAGGGGUCCAUACAUGGGAAGAAUGGACUGCCUCCGGAAGGUGGUGGAGGUCAACUUCAACGUUUCGGGACACCAUGCCAAUGU